AUGGGUCGACCAGAUUUUCGUGGUGGUCGUGGAGGUGGUGGAGGACGUGGAAGAGGAGGUGGUGAUCGCGGUGGUUUUCGUGGUGGACGAGGUGGUGAUCGAGGUGGUCGCGGUACACGUGGCGGUGGUGUACGUGGUGGUGGAGGUGGACGUGGUCGUGGCGGUAGUCGCGGCGGUCGUGGUGGUAGAGGCGGUGGCGGUGGUGCUGGUGGAAGAAAAGUCGUUGUUGAACCACAUCGUCAUCCAGGAGUAUUUAUUGCUCGAUCAAAAGAUGAUGAUAUGUUAUUAACUAAAAAUAUGGUUGUUGGUGAAAGUGUUUAUGGUGAAAAACGUAUUAGUGUUGAUGGAGAAAAUCAAGAAAAAAUUGAAUAUCGUGUAUGGAAUCCGUUUCGUUCAAAAUUAGGUGCUGCUAUUCUAAGUGGUGUUGAUAAUAUUCAUAUGCCACCAGGUACAAAAGUUCUUUAUCUUGGUGCAGCAAGUGGUACAACUGUUUCUCAUGUAUCUGAUAUUGUUGGACCAGAUGGUCUUGUUUAUGCAGUUGAAUUUUCACAUCGGUCUGGUCGUGAUUUAUUAAAUGUAGCAAAAAAACGAACGAAUAUUAUUCCAAUUAUUGAAGAUGCACGACAUCCACAUAAAUAUCGCAUGCUUAUUGGUAUGGUUGAUACGAUAUUUGCAGAUGUUGCACAACCGGAUCAAGCUCGUAUUCUUGCACUUAAUGCACAUCAUUUUUUGAAAACUGGUGGACAUUUUGUUAUUUCAAUUAAAGCAAGUUGUAUUGAUUCAACAGCAGCACCAGAAGCUGUUUUUGCUGGUGAAGUUAAAAAACUUCAAAGUGAAAAACUCAAACCAAAAGAACAACUUACAUUAGAACCGUAUGAACGUGAUCAUGCGGUUGUUGUUGGUAUUUAUCGACCUGUUGGUAAAGGCAAGAAUAAAGAUGAAAAUGAAAAAAAAGAAUCAAUGGAAGAAUAA